CCAGCACUACCAACCAGCUGGUAAAACAACCAAAACAAGAUAGCACGCAUUUAAUUUAUUUUUUCCGUAAAGUGGUCUAAAACUGAGCGCAAUGGCUCGUGAUGCGGAGAAGUCGGAAUUUAAAUUUCCUGCAUGCUGGGAAGACAGCAAAGCUAUGCAAAUUCGGUUUGCUACGUUUCGCCCGCGUAAUUUAAGCAUUGAAGAUUAUGACACAAAGAUGAAAUUCUGGAAAGACCUUGUAACGCAAUACAAUAAGUUUUGGGGACGAGUCACGUUCAGUUUGCGGGAUCUGCAACUGAAUUUCAUGAGAGGAGACCAACUGCCUGCCUGUCUGGACACAGUGAUAUCGGAGAUGCACCGGCAGAAACAGAUCCGACCGCGCACCGAGUACGAUCAAGACCCAGCAAAUACCUGGAGUGGAUGGCUGGUAAACAGCCUGGUAAAACGUCCUUUAUCCUGGAGCUGGCUGAAGUUAAAGCACAGCGUUGUGGGCGAGGAUGUGGAGGCGACGACACUAGUGGAAUGGAUACAUCUGGAGGUUUUAAAUGAAAUUUGCGAUCUUAUGGUUAAGAAGUUAUUGUCCGAGAACCGAGGAAAACUGUUCCAUUUUGAUGCGUUCAAGUCCCUUUGUGAUGUCAAUCACAUUCGCGUCCAUACGGAGAAGGAUAUCUUUGCUUGCCUGAUCACGCUGCAUGUCCGACAACUUGUUGGGUUGGAGUUCAAAACUGAAAAGCAAGUGCGCAGCAUUCAUUUAAUCAAAAUACCACUCAAGGAAACUGACGAUCUCACCAUCAAUGAGACAGAUCAUGCCGUGCACAAUCUACAGAUCACACAAGCAGAUCUACUGAGGCAGCUGGAGAACCUUGAGGAGGAAAUCAAGGCGAACGACGAGAAGGCGCGUCAGUACAUAAAGGAGAACAAGCGGCAAAUGGCCAAGACGUACCUCCGCAAGAGGCAUCUGGUUGAAAAGAAUCAUGAGCGACGCAGCAUUGCCCUGCACAACAUUGAAUCACUUCUGUCCAGCGUGGAUGAGGCGCAGAACAGUGGUGUAGUGCUCGACGCAUAUAAAAUUGGUUCCAAUACGCUGCAAAAGGUUCUCUCCGACUCUGGCCUCAAGUACGACAGUGUCGAUGAAGUUCUGGCCGAUGUGCGAGAGACCCUGGAACAGCACAGAGAGGUUCAAGAUGUCCUGUCCAAUAGCGUCGUAGAUACUACUGCCAGCCAGGACGAUGAUCAGCUCGAAAAUGAACUGCGCGCCCUGUGUGGUGAAACCCAAACCCAAGUCCCAGUUCCCCAGCGAUCAAAUGCAGCCGUGAGAAAUAACAACGAGAGAGUUGAUGUGGUAAUUAGUGAUCAAGAGUUGAUGGAAAUGUUGUCAAACCUUGAGGUUGAAGAUGGUAGUGUCUCUCUAUCGAGUACCAGAACCUUGAAACCACUGCAGGAGUCAUAGAAGCACAUAGAUUAGGUCUAUUUAUUUAAGUUUCCACAGAAAUCAAUGUUUUAUUUUAUAAGUAUGUUCGGUUUUUAUUAUAAUUUGUAUUAAGUUUCACUUUGGGCUUUCACUUUGUGUAUUAAAAGAGAUUCCACAUGAAA